UGAUCGUUCCCGCGUGGGUUCAUGUGAGUGCAGCUGCCAAGUCCAGACCAGUUUGGAGAGUCAGAUUUUGAAUUUACGGCCAUGGACAAAGCGAGAUGAUUGUUUGGAUUUUUCUGUCCCUGUUAAUCACCACAGAAGUGUCUACGACUACUGGAAAGUGUUUUAAAAGCGAAUUUGUGGGAAACACAGUGAAACGGCAUUUCAAGCUGUAUGGUGAUGGUAUAACAUUACUUCCUUUAAAAGUGAGCUACAGCAAAAGAGCAUCUCAUCAGGUUUCCUCUCAUGUGCUGCGCAUUUUAUUGGAGGAAGUAUUAGGAUAUGAAGAUGUUGUUUUAGUCCUUGAUGAUUCUGGAUUAUCAGUUCACAAGGCUCUUCAAAAGAUAUCAGGAUGUUCAAAUCACAGCUGUGACUCUAGUGCUGUUCCAGAUGUUAUGAUUAACACAGAAGUCUGGGUAGCACCAGGUUAUCAAUACAACAAGUGGUUUGACAAAAAAUUUGUGAAUGAAGCUGGAAACAUUUCUACACACGGCAGAUUUGGAUGGUAUCUUCCAACUUCUUUUGUUAAAAGGUUAUGGAAUGACAGCAGGAUCAUAGCAGACAGCUGGAGAGCUUUACAACUACAGUCAGUGUUAGGACAAUUGUUACAAAAUGCAUCACUGCUUAAUUCUUACGUUAACGUCUCAGAAUACAAGAAAUCUUGUGAAGAAAUUGCCAGUUGUAGUAAUGGCUGGUUUCACAGCACAAAGUGCAGGGAUGGUGAUAAUACAAUGCAUUGUGCAGUUCUUUUGGCUGAUUUUCCAGAACACUAUGGAUCAUUGCUCCAGCAGCAGAUUAAAAGUCUUGGUCUGAAUAUAUCAGUGGUGUGGUUGGCCUCAGAGUUACAACAAUUUAUCAAUGGCAGGGUUGAUCAGCCAUUCCUUCUCUUAAACUGGGAACCAAAUACUAAACCAACCACAGAGAAGUUGACAAGAAUAAGUCUUCCGCCUUGCAGUGCCAGCGUGUCUUUUAUUCAUGCCUUGUCAUCUCACCAAGAUUACUACAACUGUGAUUUUCCACCGAGUCAUCUGUAUAAGUUUGCUUGGGGAGCAGUUAAAGAUAAUGCCCCUGAUGUAUACUACCUGCUGUCAAACUUGUACUUUGAUAAGGAGACACUUGGUGGCCUGUUACAUAAAUAUGCCUAUGGAAGAGGAAAUGUUACAAGUGAGGAAAUCGCUUGUGAUUGGUUAAAGCAGAAUAGGGAUACAUGGAUGCAAUGGUUGCCAUCUGGGAGUUUUAAUAAAACACCAGUUUAUCUAGGAGGGAUGUUCCCUUUAUCAGUCAGCAAGGAUGCUGUGUGGAGCAGGCCUGGAAUUUUGCAGGGUGCUCUGAUGGCUUUGGAAAGCAUCAACAGUGAUUUUAAAAUUCUCAAUAAUUACAGCUUGGAGCUCAUUGUAGAAGACACGCACUGUAAAACAUCUCUCAUUCUCAAUGCAUUCAUUGAGUUUAUGUCACGAUCUCACAAUAAAUCGAUAGUGGGAAUCAUCGGCCCAGCCUGUUCAGUUCAAACUGAGAUCAUUGCUGAAGUUGCACCACUGUACAACACAAUGGUCAUGGGUUAUAGUGUGGAAGGUGUUGCACUGGCAGAUCGGGAAAAGUACCCAUUGUUCUUCAGAACUUCUCCUAGCUAUGCAGAAUUCAAGUUUGCCUACACUGCCAUCUUUGGGUUUUUUCAAUGGAAGCAAUAUGCCUCAUUAACUGAUACAAACUAUGUAUCACGCACUGUGACAGCAACCCACGAGUAUUUGGAGAGCCAAGGAAUUAAUUUGGUGUAUGCAAGACAGAUCACUAAUCAGGACAGUGUAGAUAUUAAGACUUAUGUGAGGUCCUUAAAGGAGAGCUCAGCCAGGAUUGUCAUUGCAACUUUGUUUGAGAGUCUGGCAAGAGCUGUUGUGUGUGAGGCUCAUAUUCAAGGCUUGACUCCUCAGAAUGGCUAUGUUUGGUUUCUGCCAGCGUGGCUAGCACAUGAUUGGUGGGAUCUGGACCAUUCUCGUCAGGAUAGUGACACCUCUGUAGGGAUCCUCAGUGUACCUUGCUCCACAGCUGACUUGAAGGAGUUUGUCAAUGGAGGGUAUUUUACCCUUUCGAAUGCAUUUUAUGGUGAGGAAUUGGACACGAUACUAAGUGGAGGGACUGUGAGCCAGUGGAGACAGGAGUAUGAGAGAAGGGUUAGGAAACAGGGUCACACUCCCUCAGGAUAUGCAAGUUUUGCUCACGAUGCUGUGUGGGCCUAUGCACUGGCUCUUGACAAACUUUUUAAGUCACAUCCAGCAGGACUGGAUACAAUAAGAACAAAUCACACAACGCAGUUGUUGAAGAACUUCCUCCAGCAGACCAACUUUAGUGGUGUAUCUGGGCGUGUCAUUUUCAGAGCUGGCGAGCGGUACCUUCCCAUAGUUGAAAUGGCGCAACAUUUUCCUACCAAGGUCGUAAAAGUCGGGCGUGUGCUCCCUAACAUGUACAGAGCCUGUGGCAGUAGCAACCGCUGUCUUGAAAUGAAUGAGACCAGUAUCCUGUGGCCAGGGGGGAGGAGACCUACAGACGGCAGAUCAAAGCCGUCCUCCCAUGAAGUUUGCUCGGUGGAGUCUUUCAGAGCCGCACUUGGUCUUUCGUGCACGGGAGCCAUAGCUGUCAUAAACACUAUAACUAUCGGCUUGUUCCUCAUCAUUGUUAUAACUCUGAUAUGGAUCUGCAUCAAGAAGAGGUACGAUCGUAAGUACAAAGAGACGCAACAGAGGAUGGAGGAGUUGGGAUUGAUGGAGCAAUCACCUAUGCUUCACCUUGACGAGUGGGAGAUCCCUCGGGAGAGCAUUGUUUUGAAUCGUAAGCUUGGUGAAGGAGCAUUUGGAGCUGUGUGCGGUGGUGAAGUUAUUGGGCUUGGAGCAGAGGGGGAUUGGUUACCUGUGGCAGUGAAGUCUUUGAAGAUUGGUUCUUUGCCUGAAGACAAGCUUGAAUUCCUGAGCGAAGCAGAAACGAUGAAAAUCUUUGACCAUAAGAAUAUUGUGAAACUGCUGGGUGUUUGUACCAAAGGAGAGCCAGCUUUUGCCGUAAUGGAGCUGAUGAUUCAUGGUGACCUAAAAAACUUCUUACUGGCCAGACGUCAAUUUGCAAACCAGGAUUGUAAAGAGGCCGAAGACGUUACUCCUAAAAAGUUAACUGCGAUGGCUUUAGACAUCACCAAUGGACUGAAUUACCUCGCAGAAAUGAAGUUUGUUCACCGUGAUCUUGCUCUGAGGAACUGUAUGGUAGGGUCAGGUCAUGUGGUCAAACUCGGUGACUUUGGUAUGGCGCGGGCCAUUUACGAUUCGGAUUACUACAGGUUUGGACGAAAAGGCAUGCUUCCUGUUCGAUGGAUGUCUCCAGAGUCUCUCGCAGAUGGUGUAUUCACAACCAAGUCUGACGUAUGGAGCCUGGGUGUGACCUUAUGGGAACUGGCAACGUUUGGCAGCUUUCCUUACCAGGGCCUCUCAAACGGAGAAGUUGUGGAGAGAGUCAAACUAGGGCGCAUCAUGGAAAAACCACACGGGUGUACUAGCGAACUGGGCACUUUGCUGACAGAAUGCUGGAGAAAAGACCCCCUCCACAGACCAGACCCGGAUAAAAUUUGCGACUUGCUAACUGCUCGUGUAACCAUGGUCACCGCUUGUUUAGACUCUCCUAUGUCAAGUGUGGCCACGGAUGAAAACUGCGUGGGGCGUAGUGAGAUCGGGAGGGACAGCAUGAGGAAGAGGCGAGGCACCCCAUCACCCUCUCCGCGGCGAACUCGCGCAAUUACCCAGCUAACUUAAGAGCAGAUUAAAAUUUUAAUGCCGCGUCGCGAAAAUGGUGUAACUCCAAGUGGCGCUAUAUAGGAUCGAACUGCAAACACUUUUUGGGAGAGGGGGCAGGGGGGGGGUGUGAAAACAUAAUUUGCAAGAUCAAGCUGAUUUAAUGAUUCGCAACAAUUCCCAGUCUUCACGGCCAUGUCCUGUCCACGUCAAGACAGAGUUCUUUUUCCCAGUCUUCACGGCCAUGGCCUGUCCACGUCAAGACAGUUCUUUUUCGGAUGAAGACAUGAAAUUCUAGUUGAAACGCGACUUCGGUCUCCUUGGGAUUCUCAAGGUUUUCUGUCAGUUUUGUUCAAAAGGGAGGACCUUAAAACAUUAGUAAUUAAUAAGACGGCUGUUGUCUGUGGACUGUUAUGGUAACAUUCUGCGCGAAAAGGGACCUGCUAACUCUAUGCAAUUCUGAAUAGGAGGUAUUCCAUGUGUCGCGCAAAGAAAACGUUUAUGCUCACAUUUGCAACGAGGACGUUCGCCGUGGCUGCAAUGUGAAAGCCUUAUGAACCUUGUGAACCAUAUGAUCCCCUCGGCUUUUCAGUUUUAAAUUCUUUGGUGAACACUGAUUACUAUACAGUUGAUUCAUAUCAUACGUUGAAAACUCACCUUUAGCAACCCACGAUCGACCUCUUUUAACUUGAACAUUACGAAUCUCGAAGGAAUCUCCGAUGUAAAAUACUAAAUAACAAAAGUUACGAAAUGGCAAAGGUAGUUAAUCACGUUAUUUUGAAACUGUUCA